AUGUCCGCUCGAGCCGCUGGGGUUUGGCUCUGGGUUUACCUUGUCACCGACGACAUCGUCAGGGAAGCGGAGAGGAGUGAGCAGGUGGCCACCCUCCGAAAUAUUGGUGAGGAGUUCCCCAAUGAUUUGGACAACUACUUUGAGCGCAUGAUUUUGCGGGUUCCAAAGCCCAAUCACGAGAUGGCGCAGAACUUUCUCGUUGUUGUCGAGGAACUACAAAUUCUGCCGCUCACCCACGUCUAA